AUGCUUAAUCAUAAUCAUAAUUUCGUUGUUCUUCAACUUUUACGUCAAUCAAAAUACAAUCAAACUUAUUUAUCUUAUCUUAAUCUUUGGUGUCUUGCAUCACUUAUUCAUAAAUGUCAAACGCAACCAAUAGAUUCAAUUACGAAACUUUUUCAUGUUGUAUUUACUUGUUUAAGCAGUGAUAUUCUAUUACCAAAUAUGUAUGGUUCAGGUAUCAUUGUUCUAUAUGAAAAAGAUCUUGUUGAUUCUACUGAUUACUUAAUUGAUGUACAACAUUCAAUUAUAAUAACUCAUGCUUAG